UCCGGGGAGCCGUGGCUGUGACCGAGGUGGCCCGCCUCGGGCGGCCAGGAUGGGGACCCCCGCCUCUGUGGUCAGCAAGCCGCCCCCCUGGCAGGCCCCGACGGAGGCCCAGGGCCGCAAGCAGGCCUUGGCCAACAUCUUGCAGGAUGCUGAGCUGCUGCAGAUCCAGGGCCUGUUUCAGCGCAGUGGGGACCAGCUGGCCGAGGAACGAGCACAGAUCGUCUGGGAGUGUGCAGGGGACCACCGUGUGGCAGAGGCCUUGAAGAGCCUAAGCAGGAAGAGGCCCCCUCGGCAGAAGGCCCUGGGCCCCUCACUACACUACUGCAGCCGGCUCAGGAUCGCAGAGCCCCGCACUCCCACAGCUGACCCACAGAGCAGUGCCACGGAGAUGACGUCCAAUGAGCAGUAUCUGAACUCUAGGAGGACCAGUGCCAGGAUCCGCCGGAACUGGAGGAAGCCAGGUCCCACAGGCUACCUCCAUCAGAUCAGACACUGAUCCAGGGAAGGGGCUUGGAAUGGCUGUAUCUUCCCCAGGAUUCACAGGGACUUUUGCCAAAGGGUGGG